GGAAAUGGAAGUGUUGAUGCUCUGGCUUUUCCCCUGGAUAUUUCAGUGCGUUUCGGUGCGGGCGGACUCCAUCAUCCACAUUGGUGCCAUUUUCGAAGGCAAUGCUGCCAAGGACGACGAGGUGUUCAAGCAGGCGGUGUCGGAUCUGAACCUCAAUGACGACAUCCUUCAGAGCGAGAAAAUCACUUACUCCGUCAAGCUCAUAGAGGCCAACAACCCCUUCCAUGCGGUGCAGGAAGGUGAGCGCCUCGGGCGGCACCCACGGCGUGGGGGGGCUGGGUACGUGGACGGGACGGGGCAGACGUAG